ACUGUUGGCCGGCCAUAGCGGAUUAGCCGGUCGUAUCGAUUAGCAAUAGUUUCCGUCGGAGGUGGUUUUAUUAAAUGUUCACCACCAAUUAAUCAAUGAAUUUGGUUGGGGGUCAUCCAGUGGAUUGGUCUUGACUGCAAUCGUCGCCCAGUCGCGUAUUACUCUCAGAAAGAAGCCACAAGCUGAGCUGUUGUAUAGCAACGUGAACUCAAGCCGACACACAAAGUUACUCGUUUCAUUCAGGAACAAACUGGCCGUGUUAUCGUCAGUCUGCUUAACGCUAAGUUGGGAAUACUACUAUUAUCGGUAUCAUCAUCAUCAGAGUCAUUUAAAGUCAAGGUGAGAUUAAACUCGUCCAGGAGCAAUCGGCAGAACAGAACAUGCUGGAUUUGGCACAAGUUGUGCAUACGUUCAAGACCUGCAAAUAAGUUUAACUAAAUUAUUCGCAUAACAUUGAACUCGUGAAAUUGGAUCUGAUCCACCUGCGUUGAAGAUCAAAACAACAUUACAUUCUUACGAGUGCCCCACCAUUUGGAUUUUGUAAAAAGGAAGAAGCAAUGAGGAGAAUUAGCACACUUUUUGUGUCCUCAGUGAAAUGCCAACCAUCGUACUUGACCCCGUGCCUGGCAGGACGAUGGGACGCCAGAGUUCCCCCCAUGGUCACAAGCAACAAUUUUUUUUCUACCAAGGCGCCGUCCUCCGGCAGCAAGGGCGAGGAUGACGGUAACGACGCUGAAUUCAACGAGCACUUCAAGCUGGACAAGAAUCGUCACCCUUUGAUGGGACAGACGCAGGGGAGACUGAAAGAUCAAGACCACCGACUCAAGGCCACCACUUAUUGGGACAACCCAACGCCGCAUCAAAUCUACUCUUCGGAAGAGCUUAAAAGUGUGGAGAUAGUGCAUAAGGAACCAAGUGCGAUGUACGACAAAGUUGCCCUCUUUGCCGUCAAACUGAUGCGGACAGGAUUUGACAUUGUGUCGCGAUACAAGGGCCCCGGAGGUGAAAUGACUAAAAGGGCCUGGUUGAAUCGGUGCCUCUUCCUGGAAACGGUGGCAGGGGUGCCCGGAAUGGUUGCUGGCAUGGCUCGUCACCUCAAAAGUCUUCGGAGCAUGAAACGAGACCACGGAUGGAUCCACACGCUCCUCGCAGAAGCGGAAAACGAGCGAAUGCAUCUCCUCAUCUUCAUGAAGAUGAAAGACCCGGGACUCUUUUUCCGAUUUAUGGUCAUUGUUGGGCAAGGCGUUUUCUUCAACGCUUUUUUUCUCACCUACCUCAUCUCACCCAGGACGUGUCACCGCUUUGUGGGAUACCUGGAGGAGGAGGCUGUCAAGACUUAUACCGGGCUCUUGAAGGAUAUUGGUCACGACGAGGGUCACUUGGAGUCCUGGGGUUCUGAACCAGCCCACUCCAUCGCCAUUCGCUACUACAAAUUACCUGCCGACGCCAAAGUGCGCGAUGUCAUUGGGUGCAUUCGAGCAGAUGAAGCGACCCAUCGCGACGUGAAUCACACCUUUGCAGAGUUAGACCCCGACAUGGACAACAAUCCCUUCAUCCACAAACACAAGUGAAUUCCUCCAGAAAUAAGAGUGAAAUUACCUUUGAAAAAUGUCCGCGUAUAUGGGUAGUAAAUUAUUAUAUAGAGAAAUGCCAGUAUUAUCAAUAAAGUUACACGUUCCUAGAAAUUGUCCAAAGG